AUGGCGAUCCUAUAUCUGCUGGCCCCGGACACUGGCCGCGCAGUCAAGGAGCCCGAGGCGCCGCCGCCAAGUCCAGGCAAGGGCGGCGGAGGGACAGCCUCGGAGAAGCCUGACCCGGCACAGAAGCCCCCGUACUCGUACGUGGCGCUCAUCGCCAUGGCGAUCCGCGAGAGCGCUGAGAAGAGGCUCACGCUGUCUGGCAUCUACCAGUAUAUCAUCGCCAAGUUCCCGUUCUAUGAGAAGAACAAGAAAGGCUGGCAGAACAGCAUCCGACACAACCUCAGCCUCAACGAGUGCUUCAUCAAGGUGCCGCGCGAGGGCGGCGGCGAGCGCAAGGGCAACUACUGGACGCUGGACCCGGCCUCGCCCGCACCCACGAGUGCACCCGGCCUGCAGUUCGCCUGCGCCCGACAGCCCGAGCUCGCCAUGAUGCAUUGCUCUUACUGGGACCACGACAGCAAGACCAGUGCGCUGCACUCGCGCCUCGACAUCUGA